AUGAUUUCGGCGUUUGUACUGUACAUGGCAGCAAGACACGGAGGCGGCGGAGCUCCUCGAGGACGCAAUCGAUGGGCCGGAGCAUCGGCAAGGCCACGGGGGAAUGCAAGUCGACCGCCUCGGCCCACCCACUUCCUGUCGGUACGGAUCGACAAUCCGCAGAUAUGGGCAAAGAUAUCAACCAUCCAGGGUGACAUCUUGGCCGGAAACCAGCACCUGACAGACGCGGCAAUCCCGGUCCAAGCCUCGCACCUGACCCUCUUCGUGCUGACGCUAAGCGAGAAAGACGGUAGCCUGCAGCAAGCCAGAGAUACCCUCGAACACUGCGGAGACCUCUUGCUGGAGCACGGCCUCUCCCCCGAAGUCGACCUCCAGGCAUCAGCCAGCAGAGCAGAGAGCGUGCCUGAUGACCAUAUGCAUCCGGCUGCUCUCGCCAUAGGGGACAGCAACGAGACAGCGCCGGGGGUAGCGGCAGCCUCACCCUUGAUGCUCUCCUUCCGAGACCUCGGUCACUUUCGGAACAAGAUUUUGUUCGCAAAGCUUGUGGAAGACGAGCAAGCGACCAGGCUCAGGGGGUUGGCGUCCUCGCUCCACCGACGGUUUUCCGAGGCCGGUCUCGUGGAAGAAGCCGCGGGUUUUCCAAGCCGUAAGGGUGAAAAGAGGGGCGACGGGGACGGGGGCGGCGGCAGCGGCAGCGGCACCAGCAGCGACAGCUUCGAGUUCACGCCUCACCUCACAAUCAUGAAGACUUCGAAGCUCAGGGAUAGGGGUACCUUGAUACCGGCCGAUUCGUACGACCGGUAUCAGAACGGUUUCGUUGUCGGCCAUCACGCACCAUCUAGCGUCGAACUGUCGAGCAUGCUGGAGAAGGAAGAUGUGCCGCCUUUGGAGGGUUGGGAGCCCAGACCGUACUACAAGUGCGAGCAUAGGCUCGGUCUCUGCACCCCUGCGGUGUAAGUAGUGUUUUGAGUCGAGCUUUUAUUGUCAUGUUCGGAGAGGGGGAGAGAGAAGGCAGCCUAGCGCGUACAAUCGCCAGCGUGCCCCAGCUUUCGCUCAGGUGCACGCCAUGACAUCCAAGUUCCUGUGACUCAUUGCGUCUAUAGAGAAUCAGAGUCAGUUAGUUGGGGUCUUCUGUCCUGCUUGCAGCCAGCGAAGAGAGCCGCUGGGAAAGAAAAAAGGUAAGGCAUGCUACGCCUUAACUACAGUAGCUUGAUCUCGGGUCGGACUCCUUGCACAUGUCAGCUCAACAGCAGGGGCUGCGUUAUCGGUUUUGGCGUCUGCAGGUCAGUCUGAUGUGAAACUUGUACGGCACAGCACCGUCUCGCAACCAUGCGUUAAUUAAAUCAGGGCAAUGACGUCUGCUAGCAGGCACGUUCAUUCUGAACGGCCUUUUCCUUGUUUCGGGUAUCUGCGAUGCCUCUGUCCAUGUUUAUUGCGUGCGUUGU